AGACAGAGAGCGAGACCUCAGCCAACGAAAUGCGAUGGCCAGAUAGUGAAGACAUGAGCGAGUGUGAUCCAGCGAUUUCAUGCGCGUUAGUUUUCUUCCAAUCAAAUAUGAUUUGGAUAGGAUGAGAAGAGAAGCGUCUUUGUUGACAUAAUAUAAGGAUAGCCUGGUGGUUACAGAUGGUUACGUUCGCAGGCUGGGCUAUAGCCUAUAGGCUAGAGAAAAUAAUUUCAUUAAUCGACAUUAUUGCGAGACAUGAUGGAAUUACAUAACGCCUAUAUGCUGCAGUCUAUAAUAACGUAAAUUAUGCUCUUUUCUCACUGAACGACUGAAUGUAAAACGCAGCAGCAGCAGCACAGAUCACAGAGGAAUUCACAUUGAGCUCCACAUAACGAAUCAAGGAGCCGAGCGCAUGCAUGAAUUAUCAGAGCCGAGGGCUCAGCGGCGAUACUAGAGAGAUGAAGGACCUUUCGUUCUCCCCUUGAUGUGUUCAACCGGCCACUGGGGAGAGACAACCAGGAGCAGCCGAUGCUCCGAGAGAACAGCGGCCGCAGCGCCAGACAUCGGCGAGAGUGAUAACUCAGCGCUGUUUACUGUCAUCUGAGAGCUGGCACCGGACCCGCGGUGAGGCAUGGGCUGCGCUCCCAGCAUCCACGUCUCCCAGAGCGGUGUGAUCUACUGCCGAGACUCGGACGAGUCCAACUCUCCGCACCAGACCACCACCAUCUCGCAGGGCACCGCGGCCACCCUACAUGGGCUGUUCAUCAAGACGGACGCGGCCGACACCAUCUCAUCCGUCAUCACCUACCAGAGCAGGCACUCCGGAACCAACUCUCAACGAGAGAGAAGAGAGAACAGCCGGGGACACAUCUGCAUUGAGGCCGAGACCCAGACCAGUCACACCAGUGUCAAGGUAUCAGCCACAGAAGAAUGCAUAGGACCUAUGAGACUGACCCAAGAACCUAUUCAGGUCCUGCUGGUGUUUGCGAAGGAGGAUGGUCAAAGCGAUGCCUUCUGGUGGGCGUGUGACCGGGCGGGUUUCAGGUGUAACAUCGCCCGAACGCCUGAGUCCGCUAUCGAGUGUUUCCUGGACAAGAGCCACGAGAUUGUAGUCAUCGAUGGACGCCACUCACGAUACUUUGUGGCAGAAGCUGUCUGUCGGUUGAUUCGUGCCACAAAGCGCUCAGAACACACAGUCAUUCUGGCCGUCGUGCCACAGACGCCUUCAGGUCAGGAGGAGCCGUCUGUUCUUCCUCUCCUCUGCGCUGGAUUCAGCAGAAGGUAUGUGGAGAACAGCAGUAUCUCUGCCUGCUAUAAUGAGUUGCUCCAGAUUGAACAUGGAGAGGUGCGCUGCCAGUUCAAACUCAGGGCGUGUAACUCAGUGUUCACUGCUCUGGACCACUGUCAGGAGGCUGUGGAGAUCACCAGUGAAGACCAUGUGAUACAGUAUGUGAACCCAGCAUUUGAGUGUAUGAUGGGUUACCACAAGGGAGAGUUGAUAGGGAAAGAGCUGACGGAACUCCCCAAGAGUGACAAGAACCGAGCAGAUCUUCUAGACACCAUCAACACCUGCAUCAAGAAAGGAAAGGAGUGGCAGGGGAUUUACUACGCCAGGAGGAAGUCGGGUGACAGCAUACAGCAGCACGUCAAGAUCACGCCUGUGAUUGGCCAGGGAGGAAAGAUCCGCCAUUUUGUGUACAUCAAGAGGCCCCACAGUGACAACAACAAACAGGUCCAUAAGAUCAACAAAGAUGGAGAACAUUCCCAGUCAGAGAGCCAUUCCCUGCGUCACAGAGACAGGAGGAAAGAGUCGGUUGAUACCAGGUCAAUCAGCUCACGUGGCAGUGAUGCACCCAGUCUGCAAAACCGCAGGUACUCAUCUGUAGCCAGAAUCCACUCUAUGACCAUAGAGGCCCCCAUCACCAAGGUGAUCAACAUCAUCAACGCGGCCCAGGAGUCCAGUCCGGUGUCUGUAGCGGAGGCACUGGACCGAGUCCUGGAGAUCCUGAGGACCACAGAGCUCUACUCUCCUCAGCUGGCCUCCAAGGAGGACGACCCACACACCAACGACCUUGUAGGCGGGCUCAUGAGCGACGGCUUACGGAGACUGUCUGGCAACGAGUAUGUCUUCUCCAAAAGUACUUUUCCAAAUUUGAGCCAAAGUCAGCUGGCCAUCCCAGUAACGCUGAAUGACAUCCCUCCGGCCAUCGCUGAGAUGCUGGAUGACGAAGACCAAUGGGAGUUUAACAUCCUGGAGCUGGAAGCUGCCACCAGUAAGAGACCUCUGACCUACCUGGGCUUGAAGAUCUUUGCCCGGUUUGGGGUGUGUGAGUUCCUGAGCUGCAGUGAGGCUACGCUACGCUGCUGGCUCCAGGUCAUAGAGGCUAAUUACCACGCCUCCAACUCCUACCACAACUCCACCCACGCCGCCGACGUCCUCCACGCCACCGCCUACUUCCUACGCAAGGAGAAGGUCAAGGGCAGUCUAGACCAACUGGACGAGGUGGCUGCAUUGAUCGCGGCGACGGUCCAUGACGUGGACCACCCGGGGAGGACCAACAGCUUCCUGUGCAACGCAGGAAGUGAGCUGGCCAUCCUGUACAAUGACACGGCUGUGUUAGAGAGUCACCACGCCGCCCUCGCCUUCCAACUCACCGUCAGGGACAGCAAGAGCAACAUCUUCAAGAACAUCGACAGGACUCAGUUCCGGACAUUGAGGCAGGCCAUCAUUGACAUGGUGCUGGCUACAGAGAUGACCCGCCAUUUUGAACAUGUCAACAAGUUUGCCAACAGCAUCAACAAACCAAUGGCCGCCAUCGAGGAGUCCAGCUCAAACAGUGAAGGCAGUGACAGCGAGGGCCCAGCCAGUAUCAGGAACAGCCCAGAGAACCGGCUGCUGAUCAAGAGGAUGAUGAUAAAGUGUGCUGACGUGGCCAACCCCUGCAGACCCCUGGAGCUCUGCAUAGAAUGGGCUGGACGCAUCUCCGAGGAGUACUUCGCACAGACUGAUGAGGAGAAGAGACAGGGUCUACCGGUGGUCAUGCCUGUCUUUGACAGGAACACCUGUAGUAUCCCUAAGUCUCAGAUCUCCUUCAUAGACUACUUCAUCACAGACAUGUUUGACGCUUGGGAUGCCUUCGCCAGUCUACCUGGCCUCAUGGAGCACCUGUCAGAGAACUACAAAUACUGGAAGGGUCUGGACGACAUGAAGUGCAAGAGCCUGCGGCCGGCCCCUCCUCCGUGACCCCCUCCAUCCCUCCCUCUCUCUCCCUUUAUCCCUCCAUCCCUCCCUCUCACUGGGCUGGGGGAGACAGCGAAUGUAGCCCGGCGCUGGUAUUAAGCCCCUCCCACGGUGAUUCUACCCAGCUCCACACACAAUGGACUGUAGACCAUUGUAGACCUCAAGAGUCUGUAGACCUCAGAGUCUGCAGCUUGGAGCCCUGAGAAGAGACCAGGGGACUGACAUACUGGCUGACAAAUGACACCCCAAUUCCCCAUAUAGUGCUCUCCUUCUGUCCAGACAUCUUUCCCAUCCCUAGUUAUCGGAUGUUACUUCAAACUGAUUGUCAUAAGUAGUGCACUACAUAGCGAAUAGGUGGACAUUUGAGUAUUACCCACUGAGACUCUCCAGCCUCUUCAGACCCCUCUGUGGUUCCUCUUGGGCCCCUAAUGUGACUCUACAGCCCUCCUGACAAUCUGUCCCAACCAAUCGCACUUUAGCAGCUCAACAAAAAAACGUGUCACUUUCUCACAUCUUUUAAUUUUUUUCCUGUGACGUUGUCUGUGCUCUAUAUCUGUUUAUUUUAUCUCAGGCAAGUGUCUGCUGUUGUUUGUCGUACCUCUGAUUUCUGUCCGUCCUUGCUUAGUCCCUACGGUAGUGUGUGGUGAUGUGGGGACCAAAGGUUUGCUGACAAACAAACUACUUCUACUGAACCAGGAAUAAAAGAGGAGCGAGCACAGAACUAAUGAAGAGAGAAACCUGUUCCCUGAAUCACACACACACACACACACACACACACACACACACACAGCCAACUUAUAAAACUGGAACUUAGCUCUCCUUGUUCUCUCUCCAGAUGGAAGUAUUAGGUAAUAUUGAGCUCUGAUAAGCCCAGUUAGGCGGAGUAAAACAGCGAUGUGCGUGUGUGUGUAUUUGGCAGCAGACCCAGAGCAGUCAGCGGUCUGUGUUCGCUCCAUACCUGGGAGGUUUACAGAGCAGAGUCCAGCUGAACUGACUGCUGUAAUAUCUCUCUCUAUGGGGGGAAAACCAGAGCUUUGCUCAGAGAGCCAGGCCUCACGGGCAGCUCGCCCACCACCAUGCUCCCCCCUGGGGCUAGAACCAGCCCUCACUCUGCCCCUCUCUGGAACUCAGCUCCAGACAUGGCUCUUAAAAGAGAACCCUGGGGCUUCGUCGGAACAGCAUUAGAACAGUAUUCUAACUCUAUUAGCAACAAGUGGGGGAAAAACAGCAGUAUAUAUUAAGUACUGUUGAUCUUUACAACUUAGAAGCCACAGCACUGAAUUAUCUGAGCGACAGUAGGCUAGUGUACUGUUUUAUGACAGCUUGCAUUGAAGCUGGUCCUAAUUCAUUACUUUAAAUGGGUCAUAAAGUUCCAGUGAAACAGUACAUUCAUUUAAACAUCGAAGGCACAUUGAAGUGGACACAUACUGUAGAUAAUUGCAAUCUCCAAAUAUGAAGGAAACUAAUUAGCAUUGGCUAACUAAAAUACUAUUCCAAAGCACAACUCUGUGAUUUCUAACAUUUCAGUUGUGCUGUGGUGUGCGGUGCAAUAGUAGGAGUGCAUUUCAUUUUCCAACUGCUUUUUGUCCCUCCUGGCUCCCCGUAAUGUGUUGCUGGUCCAUUGUGAAGUAGCAUGGCAGUGUGGUCUGAGCAGAGGGCCGCCUCACAAGAGCCUGAUGAAACCACCAUGGGACAGACAGCAUGAAAUACUCGGCUGGCCUUGGCUCGAAUUACACCCUAUUCCCUACGUAGGGCCCUACUUUUGGGCCAGAUAUUUAUGUGCUGAAAGACUGGCACACUUAGCUCUUGGGGCUUAAACAGUUGCAUCUUAAAGGCACUCGAUUGCCUAUAUAGUGCACUACGUUUGACUACUCUUAUCAAAAGUAGUGCACUAUCAAGGGUAUAUGGGGUUAUUUUAGAUUGACCCUGUCUUUGGAUCCUCUCUGGGAAAAGGGCACUUUCAGCUCCCAGCACACUCUACUGCUACCUGGUUCGGUUUGGCUCGGUUUUCAACUCUGGCUAGACUGCUAUUAAAAUAUUAUUUCAAAUGUCACUAUCAUAAAACAUGCUGUCCAUCCUUUUCUUUCUCUUGUCGUCUAGAAUCACAUUACCGUGUAGUUGUCUCCCUCCAGUGGUUGGCAGUGGGGAAUGCAGUUUCAGUUCGUUCCCUUGUGCAACAGCAGCGGCCAAUACAAGACAGGCUUAGUCAGAGGUGUUGUGAAUGGGUGGCACGCUUUGAGUUUAAAGUAUGUGUUUGCGUGUGCGCGUGCAUGUGUGUAAAUUGAACCGACAAAAUCAAAACUGGUGUACGUAUUUAACCAAAGGCACAGUGAUCUUCUUUAAGGUGCCUUACUUUGACCCUCUCCUCUAAAACAGGGUUCAGAGUUCAGGCUUCAAAUGGUUCGUUUGUGUUCGCGAGCAGCUGAACAAAGACACCGGACUAAGCCAUUGAGUACUUAACCUUACUAUUUUAACCUGUAUUUUAUUGUUCCAAAUGGCAACAUAUUCCCUAUGUAGUGACAAAUAAGUGUGCUAUGUGGGAAUAUGGUGUCAUUUGAUACUGGUGAAUACUACCAAGUAUUAUGGAGAGAAACUUGUAUUUGAUAAUGACUGUGUGCUAGUUUCAGAACACGGUAAGACAAAUGCCUUAACUCACUCAGUCAAGGCAACGCUAGUUUCACUGCUAUAGUACACUGUAAACUACCUAGCUUCUGCUGACUUAAACAACCCACUAUCUAGUCUCCCGUGGACUGUUUUCUAUUGAGCCUAAUCUAUUUUCAAUGAGUUAUGUUCUUGUUUGUUGUCAAGUGAGUUUUGGUCAGAGACUGUGGGUAUGGAGAACGUGCCAAUCCCUUUAUUUUCUGCUGUUUCCAAGCGGAACAACCAACAGAUAUUCUGCAAGCAUUAAUGUAUAUAAGCUUUAUUUUUUUGUGGUUAUUGGCUGUGAAAAGGCAAACGUAAAAUAUUGUAGAAAUGUUUUAUGUAUUUUUGAAGGACUUGAUGGUUUGAUGCUUUAGUUGUGUAUCAACCCACCGGGUAGAAACUGUUUGCGUCAACGUCGUUUCUACGUCAUCAGAUAGAUUUUGAAAAAGAUAUGAUGUUGAAUCAACGUGGAAAACUGAUUGGAUUUGCAAAAAGUCAUCAACGUAUGGGAAUUAUAUUCGGAUUUUAUUUAACAAAUUUUAACCUAAAUUCAAUGACAUGGUGACAUUUUGGGGGGGGGGAUUUCACGUUGAAUUCACUAUAGUUGACAUCACAAUCAAGUGUAAAUACAAACUAGAUGUUGAAAUGACAUCUGUGCCCAGUGGGAAGAUAUUCUGUUUGGAUCCUAGAAGGGGUUGGGUGGAUAUAGUUUUCUGGCCUGUGUCCGAGGAUGUCUUCUUUUGUUGUUCAUUGUCGACACUUAUUUUAAAAUGUAUAUGUGAGAAACAAUAAAGGUAUUUUAAAAAAUA